CAAUUUCGAGUCGUAACAAAAUAUUUGGGAUGUAAAGGACGUUCAAAAUGUGUUUAUCUGGGUUCUCGUGGUGGAUGCCUGUACUCUGCCUGGCAGGUGUAUCCCUUGGUGUUCAAGUGACCAUCUCUGAGUAUAAAAAGAUAGCCAUGUUGUUCCAGCCUGUGGUUCUGCAGUGCCAGUACUCCACCACAUCUGUCCAGCAGCCUGUUGUGCAGUGGCGAUUUAAGUCGUACUGCAAGGACCGGACCAGGGAUGCCUUCAGUAUCCACAGCACAGCCACGUACACCGUCAGCCAGAAAGAUCAGCUUCCCACCUGGGACCCGUACCUGGACUGCGCAGACAACAGCCGCACGGUCCGAGUUGUGGCUUCCCGCCAAGGUUCUGCUGUCACCUUGGGUGACUACUACAAGGGGCGGGAGAUCACCAUAAUCAACAAUGCUGAUCUCCAGAUUGGACGGUUGCACUGGGGAGAUAGUGGAGCUUACUACUGUUCAGUUAUCACUUCAGAUGAUAUUGUGGGUAACAGUGAGGAAAGAAUGGAGCUUCUUGUCUUGGGUAGGAGUGAAGUGGUUGCAGAUCUGUUACCCAAUUUUGAUGUAGAGAUUAUGCCAGAAUGGGCAUUUGUUGGUUUAGUGCUCUCCGGAUCCUUCCUGCUCCUCCUCCUCCUCGCUAUAUGUUGGUGUCAAUGCUGUCCUCACACCUGCUGUUGUUACAUCCGUUGCCCUUGUUGUCCGGAAUCCUGCUGCUGCCCUCAAGCCUUAUAUGCAGCUGGAAAAGCAGUGAAAGCGGGACACCAUCCCAACGUAGCAGCCUAUCCGCCAUACUACAUCCCCAGUGUCUCUAGGAUACCAAUCUCAUCAAGUGUAAUGGACACCAAGUCUCUGCCUCCACCAGUACGUGUCGACACUGAUAUGGGGGAAUCUGUAUGCAGUGGAUACAGGAUUCAAGCUAACAAAGAGCGAGACUCAAUGAAAGUCCUUUACUAUGUGGAAAAGGAGCUGGCACAGUUUGAUCCCACUCGGAGAAAAUAUGAGCAGUGUAUGGCUUCGAGCAACAUGUCAGAGUUAAGUUCACUGCAUGAUCAGAACACCGAUUUCUGCCAGAACUUCUGCCAGGCUCGAAAACAAAUGCAACCUCCAGUUACUGACCAGGAUAUUGACUUGGCAUUCAGGGCUCAGCUGGUGAGAGGAUCGGGACAUUUCAAGAGCAAAGCAAAGAGAGACAGUGAAUGCUGCAAUAGCAGGUCGCGGUCUCGAUCUUGUGAAAGACAACGAAUUGAACUGCACGACAACGAACAAGCAAAGUCACUCGAUGAACUGGAAGAAUUUGCAGAAUCCUAUCAUUAUCGGGGAAGGAGAGGCAACUCCCUGGAGCCAGAACGACGAGAAAGGAAAGAGGCUGACAGAGGGCAGUAUUACAAGGCACUCAGAGAUCGAUACCACAAUCAAGGAAGUUCCUUGGAUGAUUAUUACAACAAAAGGAUUCAGAGCAGGCAUGAACUCUAUGAAGCUGACCAAGGACAUAUUUAUAACAGUCAAAGGAAGAGAGAUAAGCAGGAAGAAUAUCCAUUAAGAUGUACAAAUGAUGGCGGCAGAACCUAUGAUGAUGCUUUCAUGAACAGUGUACUGGAGAAAAAGGCCAAAGGCAGAUCUUACAAUGAAAGCUACAGCAGUGAAACUCCUUCCAAAGCUAGUAUUAAGCGGGCCAAUGACCAUUACAAUGGGAAAUCCUCCAGUUACAGGACAGAAGAAGAAGAGACACUGCCUCCUUAUACUGAGAUGCAUUUACAGAAGAUUAGGGCAGAGGAAGUGCCAACAAGGGUCUACUAUCAUAAAAUGGAGAAUGCUCAUGAGCGCAAAGAGCAAACAAGACAGAAGAAAACUAAUCUUUUCCCAGCCAGAGAUGCUCUUGUGGUGUAAAAGCAAAAAGGAGGAUGGGAAGUUUCUGCCUCUAAGCUUAUGCUGUUUGACAAAGGGGAAAUGCCAUGGACUUCAGAAUGCUGACGACAUGUUUUGUGUUCAACAUGGGCCUCAUCAACGCUUGCUUAAACAUGUUGCACAACCCUGGGGAGCUCUGCCCCAGUUCCAUAUGUCCAGUAGUGUGAGUCUCUGGCAGAUUUGUCAGAUUGGUUUACAUGUACAGAACACUACAUUAAUAUGACAUCCUUUAUGCCAGCUUCUAUGGUAUUACUCUGGAAUUUAGGAAUCAUCUCUUUGUAUCUAGUGACUGAUUCAGUUCAGCUGAGUGUGGCCAUUAGCAUACAAUUUACCAUGUAUCAAAUACAAGCCUGAGAAUCAAAGAAUGAUAGGACACAACUAAAGAUCAUGCUGGCUUUCUGAAGGGACGAGCCAAUUUGUCACUUCUAUAUUUGCUUUUCUUUCAUAGUUCUAAUAUUUACUGUUUUAUUAUGUUGACCCUAUUACCUCUAUAGGGUAUCAAGUGACGUGUCGAACAAAAGGCUCUAAACCAAGGUUUAGUUUAGUUCAGUACAACUUAAUCUGUAUUAAAACUUGGGUAACUUUAAACAUGCAUGCAAAUAAUUUCUCAUUUACUUUACUAUUUCAACAUCACUUCUUAAACUAAAUCACAAAGCUCAUGACUUGGAGUCAGAUAUGAAUGAAUGGCCAGAUCCACUCUGUUGGUAGGGGGUAAUCUCAGGUCCCUCCUUCUUGUGAUGGUUGUUCCCGGCUUGUCGCUGCCAAUGCCUCGGACCGCCCUUCUUUUAUACUCAUUUUCCUUCCAUCUUCAAAAGUACGCCUUUGUUCCAACCCAAGGCUCUCAUGGCUUUACAGUCAAUCAUUUCAACCUGUCACUCCUCCAAGGGCUGAAUAAACAAAACACAUCUUCAUUCCUUAUCAGGCGAGGGAGUUCUUAAUUAUGUCGCCUGUUCAUAUCUCCUUCCCAUUAUAGUUAUUUUACAAUUUGUCCGUUCCAGGCACCCUAUCUUCUCCAGGCCGCACUGCCUUAGCCGUGAAGUUACCUUCAGCUCUGCUCUCACCACAUGUCAAUGACGUGACUAUUUUCACUGCGCUCCUUUGUUCUCCCGGCAUUUCGCUCUGUCUGUCUCUAGCUUGUAGCAUCCUCCCAAAGCCUUUCGGGAAACUUGACAUCCAGUCCCAGGCUAUAAUUAAAUCCGUUAUAGAUUCCACUUCCACAACAUUUUUGACGUGGAAUUCCAAUUCCAACACUAUACUACCCAAGAGACAGGGCCGGCCUUAGGAAGUGCGGGGACCAAUUGGGAACAAUUGGUGAGCCU